AUGGAAGUUUGGAAGAUGACUAGAAACAUGCCGCAAAUGAUGAGGGACGUGGAUGAUGAGAUGUCGGAACAGGCUGCCGAGAGUGAGUUUCUUCAUGAAACGGGCAAGCGGUAUGAAGACUGGAUCAUCGAGAACUGCAUCUUCGUUCCUCUGGAUAGCAGUGCUGGUAUUAAGCCUGGUCUUGGUGGCAACAAGGACAGUGGUGUCGCCGGGGACAUCGUCAAGGUCGAAAUUAGUGAUGUCAGCGUUAGUGCCAACGCCAUCAACUGCGGCAGUAUCCCAACCAACACGGGCGAUGCUGGCAAGGAUGGGAAAGUCACUGGUCAAGAGCUCAAGGCUCAAGGUCAUAGUCGCCAAGUUCAAGUGGCAACUGGGAAGCGCAAACGGGACCUGGCCGAUGUUGGGAAUGGAGAUGCCAACGCUGGCAAAAAAUCAAAGACGCGGGGCAUGGACGCCAUCCCAGCUCAACACAUCGCCGUCGCCAGCAAGCGCAAAAACACGGGGCUUGCGUUCCCAGGCGCUGAUGUCGGUGUCGGUGGCAGGAGUGUGUGA